GGCUUGGAAGCCCCACCCAAUCGACCCUCCUCCGGAGAACCGGAUUCACCUCCCACCCAGGCCUAUAAGAGCUGGCUGCGGGUCUGUUAGCACUUCUCUUCCAUCUCCUGGCACUCAACAUCUGCCUUUUGAUCCUUUCUUGAUCUUCUAACAUAAACUGUCGAGAUGGAGCACCCCCUGGAUCAAGCUCUCGGUACCCUCGUUGUCAUUUUCCACAAGUAUUCCUGCAAAGAAGGUGACAAGAACACCCUCAACAAGAAGGAGUUGAAGGAACUGAUCCAAAAGGAGCUGACCAUCGGGCCAAAAUUGCAUGAAUCGGAGAUUCAAGGUCUGAUGGCUGAUCUUGAUCGCGACGGAGACCAUUGUGUGGACUUCAAGGAAUAUGUGACGUUUUUGGGUGCUAUGGCAAUGAUUUACAAUGAGGCUUGA